AUGUUGUUAAAUUUUAUUCUGUUCCCUUUCUUUCUUUCUUUCUUUCUUUCUUUCUUUCUAAUUCUUUCUUUCUUUCUUUCUUACAUUUUUCUGAUCUCUCUCAAUCUCUCUCUCUCUUUUUCUAUCUAUCUAUCUAUCUAUCUAUCUAUCUAUCUAUCUAUCUAUCUAUCUAUAUAUAUAUAUAUAUAUAUAUAUACGACAGACGGGGCGGUAUUUUCAUUAUCUAUCUAUCUAUCUAUCUAUCUAUCUAUCUAUCUAUCUAUCUAUCUAUCUAUCUCAGUUUGUUCAUCUCUAUCUCAGUCUGUUAAUAUCUAUACCAGUAUCUAUCUAUCUAUCUAUCUAUCUAUCUAUCUAUCUAUCUAUCUAUCAUUAUAUAAUCUGUACAUACGUAUCUCUGUUUGCUACUGUUUCACAAAAAAUGCCCAUAUCUAUCUAUCUAUCUAUCUAUCUAUCUAUCUAUCUAUCUAUCUAUCUAUCUAUCUAUCUUAG